UAUUAUUACAAUUAAAUAAGAUGACUUUCUUUUAUUCAUUACAAAAGAAGAUACUUUCAUUUCUCAGUUCACAGUUAAGUAAACCGUGAAGAUUUUACUGUCAGGGAUUAUACUGUCAGGGAUUAAGCUGUGCAUGAAAAAUAAAAAACAAAAACGAUUCCUUAAAAUUGUUUACACACACAAAGUGACACAGAAAAUGGCGGAAUGUGAAGAAAACGAGAAGUUAACAGAUCAGGAAGUAACUAAGAUCACGUUGGCGUUAUCGUCACUAUCUACAAGCGAUGUCAUCGUUUGUCCAACAAAAGCGAUUUUAUAUAUUAAUCCGUCUGAUAAUGACAUGUGGGAUUAUCACAGGAAAGGUGUUCCUUGCCUGAUAGUAUCACGUGACUCAGACGAACUGUCUCAUUUGCAUAUUUGUUUGGUUGAGCGUCGAACCGGAUUGCCGCUUUGGAGAGAAGAGCUCACUUCAUCCUCAAACUAUAACUCUUCUUCGCAGAUGAAAAACUUUUACACUUUUAAAAUGACUUCAGAUAAAUUAGCAGGGCUGAGUUUUCCAGGCCCUCAGGUGGCGAACAUGUUUGCGAAAGCAAUUGCAUUCUGUACAAGAACGUUAGCACAACCCGCAAAAACUGUUUCAUUACAAAGACGAAGUACUUUUAACGGAAUUCAUAAAAGAGAUAUUUCUGCGCCAUGUUUGUUCAGUCAUGUGACUAGUGCCAGUAAUAGCAAGUCCUCGCGUGGUAUACGACGAUUUAAAUCAAUGUGCGAAAAGAAAAAUAGAAAUAUUGCGCCUAAACUUGAUAAAGAACUCUUUGAUAAAAGUAAAAGCAAUAAUGACACUUGACAUUUGCGGUUAAUUAAUGAUGACCUGCUCUCCGUUUUUGCGAAAGAAAAACACGACAAAAAAUAUAUGUAGAACAAUAUGCUGAAGCGCAGAAGGGUACUUUCUGAUUCUGGAAAAAUAUUCAAGUAAUUCAAACUAUCAAUCUGUGCGGAAAUAUUCAAGAUUGAAUCGCAUCGUAAAUUUUAUUAAUUUAGUUUUGACUCUAUAGUUCAAUAACUAUGGUGUAUAGUUCAAUCAUCCUCGUCCCCAGGCGUUUUCGCCUUUUUGAUAUAAGAGAUGACGUCGAAAAAUCACUGUCUUCUGUUAUAAAAAAAAAGCAAAAAACCCUGGGGACGAGGGUGUAAUAACUAUGGUAGCAAUUAAAAUUAAGAUAAAGGCAGUGUUAUGAAUGUUGCGUUCAAUAUUAUUGCUUAAAUCACACCAACGUCGUCCCCAAACUUGUGAGGAGCAAGUUCAACCUUGCCCCACAGGGCUUGUUAGGUUUUCCAGUACAUAAAGCUUAACAAGCCUUGGUGAAGAGAUUGAGCUUGCACGACCAAACACCAAAUGUCGAAACGUCAACAACUCCCACAGGAAAUAAAUCGCAUACCCGCCCGCAGCAUCUUAAUGGA